AUGUCGACUGGUGUCAACAGCCUCGAGCAUUCUGAAGUCUCCACCGGGCCCAAUUCCUUCACUCGCCGUCGCUCGGUUUCCUAUAAUCACAGCUCCGCUGUUACAACAUCGACUGAGUCUUUACAAUCGGUGAACUCUCCUUUCAAAUCAGGCAACAUGGUGUCCCAGAGUCAGAAGUCCCGUUGGAUCAAAACGGGUGCCAUUGUUGGCUUUGUGUUCAUGCUCCUACUGUGGCUGUCGCCGUCAAAGUCGACUGUCUCGAGUAGCUUCACACAGGAGAAAGCGCCCUCCUCAGGUGGCGUAUCAACCAAGUGCACCAAACCCUUUGACUCUUCGAAACCGCUGAUUCAAUAUGCUCUCAUGAUCGACGCCGGCAGCACCGGCUCUCGAAUUCAUGUCUAUCGCUUCAACAACUGUGGCUCUACCCCUGAACUGGAGAAUGAAGUCUUCGAGCAGACUAAGAAGAAGGAGGGCGGUUCUGGUCUCAGUUCUUACCGUGAGGAUGCGGAGGGGGCCGCUCGCAGUCUGGAUCCCCUCAUGGAGACAGCUCUGAAGAACGUACCCGAGGAGUACAGAUCCUGCACUCCGGUUGCGGUCAAGGCUACAGCAGGUUUGCGUCUUCUGGGCCCCGAACUCAGCAAGAACAUUCUGGAGGCUGUUCGAACCCGCCUGGAGACAGUCUACCCGUUCCCCGUUGUCUCCCGCGAGAAGGGUGGUGUUCAAAUCAUGGAUGGCUCUGACGAGGGAGUCUAUGCCUGGAUUACCACCAACUACCUUUUGGGUAAGAUCGGCGGUCCGGAUGAGACCCCAACGGCUGCUAUCUUUGAUCUUGGAGGUGGCUCGACUCAGAUCGUCUUUCAGCCCACAUUCGAGAAGAGCAAGGCUGGCGGCAUGCCCGAGCGCCUCGCCGAAGGUGACCACAAGUAUGAGCUGAAAUUUGGCGGACGCGAGUUUGAGCUCUACCAGCACUCUCAUCUUGGAUACGGGCUGAUGUCCGCUCGCGAAGCUAUGAACCGUGUGGUUCUCGAGGCCGCAUUGGCCAACAAUCCGGAGGACUUAUCUUGGACCAAGAAGCCUGUUUCGAAUCCCUGCAUUCAACCGAACAUGAAGAAAGAGGUCACCGUGACAUUCCCCGAUGAUCACCCCCUUGGGCCUAAGGUGACUGUGACGAUGGCUGGUCCCCAAGAUGCCUCCCCCGCCGCGCAGUGUCGGGCUAUUGCCGAGAAGAUCCUGAAGAAGGACGCCGAGUGCAAGCUGGCCCCGUGCUCUUUCAAUGGCAUCCACCAGCCGUCUCUUGCGAAAACCUUCUCUCGCGAAGACGUGUAUAUUUUCUCCUACUUCUUUGACCGCACUGCGCCAUUGGGCAUGCCUUCUUCGUUUACUCUUGAUGAGCUGCACAAGCUCACCGCAAGCGUCUGUGGUGGCGAGGAGACCUGGGGUGUCUUUGAGGGUGUCAAGGGCGCGCUCGUUGAGCUUCGUGAUCGUCCUGACUGGUGUAUGGAUCUCAAUUUCAUGAUGGGCCUUCUGCACACUGGUUAUGAAAUGCCCCUAUCUCGUGAGGUCAAGAUCGCUAAGAAGAUCAAAGAUAAUGAACUGGGCUGGUGCUUGGGUGCCAGUUUGCCGCUUCUCAGCCAAGAAUCUGGCUGGACCUGUCGCAUCAAGGAAGUCUCAUAA